CCCAGAUGCCUUAGCAGCCAUACAGAAAAAGAAGAACGCAAGAAAACACUUGACGGUACUCGGCAUACACGUUAUACGAGAGGAGUAUAUGUACUGCAGUUGGAAAUGUAUUCUCCUCGCACCUGUUUAUGCAUUUUGAGAAAAACUUCUACUUGUCUCAUGCGUGUAGUAUGAUUUAGUCGAUAUCUGUUAUAUGUACAUAAUAAACUGUUUGAUAAACUACAACAUGUUGAAUAUCGCGAGAUAUCGUACAAAGAUAUUCGGAGCGUAUAACAUUACGAAAUAUACUCUUAGCCGACAAUGCCUUUUCACGAAUUCAAGAACCCACAUCAUUCGAUAUAACGAUAUUUCCUUCAAGACAUAUUAUUCAUCUCUGUUUCAAAAGAGACCGUUUAAACAAGCAAAUAUCGCAAUUCGUAGUUAUGUUUCAAAAAGGAGCGAUAAAUAUGACAAAAUUGUGGGCUCUUGGUUGCUCACUUGUGGCGGUAUGGUUUUUGUAGCAGUUGCGUUAGGUGGUAUUACACGACUCACAGAAUCAGGUUUAUCUAUGGUUACUUGGAGAUUACUAGGAGAAAAAAUGCCUCUUAAUGAAAUUCAAUGGAUCGCAGAAUUUGAACGUUACAAACAAUUUCCUGAAUAUAAAAUAACGAAUCUAAAUAUGACGUUAGAAGAAUUCAAACGUAUUUGGUGGAUGGAAUAUUUACAUAGAAUGUGGGGACGUUUAAUUGGAGCUGUAUUUAUAAUGCCGGCAACAUAUUUUUGGUUUAAGGGUAUGCUAAAACAUGGAAUGAAGACACGUAUUGUUGCUUUAGGUUUAUUAAUUGGCUUACAAGGACUCAUGGGAUGGUAUAUGGUUAAAUCUGGAUUAGAAGAUCGUUUUGUAGAACCCUCUGAUGUGCCGCGGGUAUCGCAAUAUCGUUUAGCUGCGCAUCUUGGAUUAGCAUUGCUUAUAUAUAUCGGAUUUCUUUAUAAUGCUUUGGAUCAUUUGAUUCCUGCUGAAAAACUCACUACCAAUUUCUUUGAUACCAAAGUUACAAAUAAUGCGGUAAAAACGAUAAGAACGUUUAAAGGAUUAAUCUAUUCGGCAAAAGGAUUGAUAUUCUUCACUGCUCUGUCAGGAGCAUUUGUAGCUGGAAUGGAUGCUGGUUUAAUAUAUAAUACUUUCCCAAAAAUGGCAGAUAAAUGGAUACCUGAUGAUGUAUUUGCCAUGUCUCCUACAUUAAGUAAUUUCACAGAAAAUCCAGCUACGGUCCAAUUCAAUCACAGAAUUUUGGGAAUUUCUACUCUAACAUUAAUAACUUGUUUGGGUAUUAUGUCCCGUAAAUAUAAACUUCCUAAUCGAGGAAGAAAGGCAAUGAUUGCUGUACUUUGUGCUGGUUAUCUUCAAGUAUUGUUAGGCAUUUCGACUUUGUUAACUCAUGUUCCUUUAACAUUAGCUGCAUCUCAUCAGUCUGGUAGUCUUAUACUUUUAAGUACCAUAAUAUGGUUAUGUCAUGAAUUGAAAUAUCUAAAGAAAAUUUAAUGAAUAAAUCUUAUUUAAGUAAAAUGUA